AUGAAGAACGAGGCAGAUGAGAAACGCAAGGAUAGGGCGGCACACGACAAAGGCAUGAAGAUCGAGGCAGAUGAGAAGCGCAAGGAUAAGGCGGCACACGACAGAGUCAGGAAGAACGAGGGAGACGACAGAGGCAUGAAGAUCCAGGCAGAUGAGAAACACAAGGAUAAGGUGGCUGACGACAGAGACAUGAGAACGAGGCAGAUGAGAAACGAUAGGAUAAGGCGGCAGACGACAAAGGCAAGAAAAAGGUGUACGAAAAAAAAAAUCUACCAUAGGUAUGCGCACAAGAUCACUGACGGAACAAGAUUUUUGCUCCCCGACGGAAACAUUUUCCUCGUAGAGAAUGUUUGUGGCGAUGGGAACUGUUUCCUCCAUUCAGUUUGCGAUAGCCCCUAUUUCCGAGAGACAGGUAUGACAGACCACCGAAUUCUACGCGCUAAUAUUGCAACAUGCGACCCACCGAUGUUCGUGGAAUUCGUCAGAAGAAUCGAGUAUCUUAACAGGGAAGAUCAAACAGAGACUUUUUGA